AAUCAGAUAGAUUUAAAUUAUUUCUUGUAUUAGACAAGAAUGGUUCAGGUUUCGAUGGUUUUUCUUAUAAUUUUUUUGCUGUCCAUGAUAAAUUACUCCACUGCUCCCAAUCACCCUGAUUGUGGUCCAGCAGGUCGCUGCUACACUGUAAAUAAACACUUUGGCAGUUUUAGGCAGACAAGAUGCGUUCCUUGCAAAUAUCGUCCUUAACGUCCAAAUUUACAGAAUCAGUUGAAUAGUCAAAAUUAAAAUUGCAGUUAAGUACCUAAAAAACAUGCAAAGAUGUAACAACAACUGAUAAAUAAAUAAAAUAAAAGUAAAAUAUAUUUCAAGAGAGAUAAAAGAAUGAGCAGAAUUUAAAUGUUAGUAAAUACAACUUACUUCACAGAACUACAAACAGUUUUAUGUAGUGUGUGCAAAAAGCAAAAAAUAUUAAUGUAUACCAUGCAAAAUGGAGGCCACAUUAUGAAUACACACACAUAUCUGUGUGUUUCUGUUCUGUUCGUUGAAUUUCGCUCCACCACUCCAAAAGGAACCCUUUUUUGCGAUUGUGUACACAUUUUUGCACAUUCUGUGCUGACCAACAUGCCGCAGGACCGCCCAGUAAAACGUUUCUUAAAUAUCACGCAUACGCAGCGGGGGCCCGAAUGAAAUUAAGACCCUUUCAAGGGUGGCGGGCGGUAAGCAAAAGUAAUUUUACACUUCACCAAAGCGAAAUGUUGCCAAGAGAAAAAAAAGCGCAAAGGGAAAAGUCGAGAAAAGCGGAUAUGUGAGAGGAAACUGAAGCAAUCGGCCAAAGCAGAAUGAUGCCCUGUGAUGACCGAUGAUGUGGCAAGUGCUUUAAUUGAAAACAAAACGUAUUUCAUGAAAAUGAAUAGCAAUUCGAUUAAAGCGAAUAAUUUCCAAUUCAACGCUUGCCACUUGUCAGAGUCAGAGGAGAGGCUUUUAUCGGCGAGAAGCAACAGUUUGUCAAUUUCCGCUGGCAGUGAAAUGGGGAAAAACAAGCUCUAAUGGGACCGAUGGGUGAAAAAUUGGUUUCGGUUUUUUUACUGAUUGGGUCGGCCAGAGUGCCCCUACAUGACAGAUUAAGCGAUUCACAGGUAAACUUUGUUUUCCAACGACAGACAAG